UGCGGUGGCCCGUCUUUCACUUGUCUGGAAACCUCAUAGCCGUGCACCACCUCAAGCCCCGCAGGGAGUCCCUGCCAGCCCAUAGGAAGCUGGAGCCGCUCAAGAGCAGCGAGGUGGCCGCAGCUGCCUCUGUGACCUGGCAGACAGCGCAGGCUUGCAUCCAAAGCACCGUGUCCCUGCUCUCUGGCUGCCUGAAGAAUGGGGAGAACGUUGCCGUUGUCUUCAAGGACAUUGGAGUACUCCACAUCGAUGGAAUGACCUUCCACAUGAAAUUCUAUUACGACUUCCUUGAGAAGCUGUCAGGGAAAGAGAAGUUCAGGAAAGCUCUUCUCAAGGCCCCCUGGCUGCUGGACAUGGUGGUGUCCCGAGCGGCACCGGUGGCCUCCCUGGCACUCUCUGGCUGCCUCGUCGUCUUUCCCAAGUUUCAAAUGGAGUUUGUACCCAAACCACCACCUGGGAUAUCCCGCAGGUCCUCAGGAGGCAUCCCUGCGGAGGGGAAACCAAAGGAAGAGGAGGCUUUGCCACCUCUCGCCCAGGGCAAGAAAGUGAGAUUUGCUGGCAAGCCAACCUUCAUCAAACGCUUGAGCUCGGACAGUCUAGAUGGAGGAAAACUCCGAAGGAUAAGGAGCUUACUGCGCAAGGAGAGCUCUACGUCCAGUCUGCUGCCAGCCAUCCCUGGAGUGCCUGAAGACCAAAAGCAGCCGCUGACCUGCCAGCUGCAGGGCCAGGCAGAAACAGACAGCCAAGAAGACCUGGGCCGAGCCCCGGGAACCAAACACGUGAGCUUCCGUGAGGAAGAACGGGAAGCGGAAAAAGCCCAUCGUGUGGCUGCGGUGCUGAAGUUGCCCAAAGCCAACGAAUCUUUCAGCAACGAUUCCAGACCUUCCUCAAGGGCUCAGUCCAGCCCGUCGCAGGCAUCGCAAGGCACUCCAUCCCGGCUUCCACUUCUGGCAUGCGACUCAGUCAGACUUCUGAGGCGCAGGGCUAAGAAGAGCAGGCAGAAAGAACCCGAGGAGAUGGCAGCAUCAACAUCUCAGGCUGAGGCCAGCCAGCCGCAGGAGUCCUCUACUGACAGAGCUGGAUUUCUGCCACCGAUAAACGAAGAAACACAGUCUCCUCAGCGUCAGCCUCCAAACACCAAAGCCCCACCGCGCAGGAAGGGCACACCCUACCCACGCUGAUGCGGGCAUGGGGCGCCCAUGAGCUCCAAGAGCUCCACUCGAGCUGGCUGCAAAACAGAUGCUUGAAUCCCAUCUGCAUCAUAUCUAAUCCUAGACUAGGCUGCCGAGUGCCCAAUCCAACCUGGCCUUCAACACUGCCACGGACGCGGCGUCCACAAGCUCUCUGGGCAUCCGCUUCCAGCAUCUCACCACCGUCUCUGGAAAGACCUUCUCCCUGACAUCCAAUCUUCAUUGUCCCUCCCUCUGUCAAUAAAGCCUUACCAUGGGCCUAUCCCAUACAAAUCUC